CUGCAGCCGUCUGCGGAUUUGAAGCGGAAAUUGAUGGACAAAGAAAAAGUAAAGGGUAUCGUUAAAGAAGCAAAAGAGGCCGCUAAAGAAUACACUGAAUCAAUUCAGAUAGAAUUUCAAUGA